CUACCCUGGGUGCAGACGAGCAGUGCGUGGUGGAAGCAGGGCGGACUGUCCCGCUGGAAGGCACCCUGGCGCAACGAUGAGAGCGUGGAGGCGGUGCAGGAGGCCGCGCAGAACGAUCCCUGGAUGCCUGCGCUGUACCGAGUAUGUACCUGCUCGUCCCGUGUCCGCUUCUUUCGCGAAGCAUCUCCGGUCACCAGAACGAGCGGAGUAUUAAUGCCACAUGAGUAUUUUUAUAUGUGGACAGUUGGAGAAUGCUAACCGCGCUUGUGAUUACGUCCGAAUGGAAAUCAUAUUAAAUGCCUUCCCGUCAAAAUUCGUUUUCUUAGACGAUGCAAAUCGUCAGAUUUGGCGGAGAAAUGUGCGCCGAAGCUCAACGAGUGUUUCUACACAACUGUUAUUUGUACAGUAUCUGUAUUCCCAGAAAAGAGGAUAUGUGCCGUACUCGCUCCGCCAGUUUUAUUGAUUUGCUGGUUUCGAUUGCAGUAUAAAGCCGCAGAUUAAUGAUACAGAAUUUCUUUACGGUAUUUGAAUUAUGUCCUUUUGAAUUUCUAACAUUUAAUUUUAAAUUUCACCAUGUUUUUUAAAGUUUGAAUGAACUGCAACUAUUGUAAUUUGGCCGUGUUCUGCUGGUUAUUGCCCGUCACAAUAUUUUGAUUCUCGUUGCGGUUGUUCCAAAGUUUCUUGAAAAUUAGAGUAGAUCUCGAACCAUACGCCUGUAGCGAUCUAGUGAGCAUGGAUGACUCCGCCGUCCGCAAUGCGCCGCAUCCGUUGCAUUUUAUCCGUUCUCGUUCGUCUGGUGAUUUGUCGACGUUUGAUCCGGCCUUUGACGAUGUAAUGAGAAAGGUUGUGGAGAAGAACUCCUAUGCCAAGCGUCUCAGGCCCCUUAUUCGACAGCUGGUACUACUCUCCCUCGCCCGCAGUGUGCUUUUAGUUACCGCUUUGGCCGUCGAAUGUAUGCGCAUACGAUUCCCUUACGGUGUCCAGCGGGAAAACCAGGAACGUAAAAACCACGAUAAGUCAGCCGGACGUCCAUUUCUCCUGGAGCACCUUCCCAUCGCUCUUGGAUGUGGCUAUGCAUUCUCUCUUGCCGAUUUGAGCAUGGCGUUAACGUUGUGGAACAGUAUGCGCAAGAUGCGUGGGCAGUGGUUCCUGUCGGCAGAGAGACUGCAGGAAGGCACGUGGAUGUCUGUCGGCUGCUAUGAAAGCAACCUCCUGAAACUGCAUCUGGAUCUCUAUGUCAUCUGCACCAUCCUGGCCAUUACCGGUAUGGCGGUCGUUAUGGGAACGGUCCAGUUCUUUUAUCCGCGCUAUUUCUUGGCUCGCGGGCGGCAUGUCAUCUCUACACUGUGGCAUAGUUAUACCGUGGAUGUGACGCAACACGAAAUACUCCUGGCGACUUUCCCGUCGGUCGGUUUAGCCAUGUGCGGCUUGAUUACCGCGUGGAAGUGUCGCCUCUCGGUGCUGCCGUUGCGAGGACUUUACUGGGCCGAGCUGCAGGACUUGGAGGUUGGGCUGUCGGAUGCGGUAGAAUGGUUAUACGAGAAUGGGUGCUACGUGAUCGGGGACCUCGUCCGGUGUUCGACCGUGUGGGUCGGGCACGUAAUCUUUGUUCUGCUGCGCCGGAAAGAGGUCUUCUGUAUUAACGACUAAAGACUUCCCGUUGUACUAUACUACAGCGGAUGAAUGUUGUCUAAGCGGUUCAGCAUGUGUGACUCCCUGUUCUGACCAGCUCACCAUGCGCGUAGUAUGACUGGACACAUUUAUCGGAAGCUGUCCAUUCUAUUUCUAAACUUGAUUUUAAUUUGGGUCUGCUUCCGUGCGUACGGGAUGACGUCUAAUAAAUUAGGCCUGCGAUCUGGCCGCACAGUGAAAUGGGGUUUCUCUCGCUUCUGGUAACCGUAAUCACAGCUGAUUCGUGACCUUGCAUCCUUUUCCAACCUGUACAGCGAAGCGCUUAGUAAUCAAUCGAGUUGAGAUGCUUUAAGAGCAUCGUAUUUAGUAUUUUGAGGUUUUUCGCAUGCCGGGAACUUUCACAAUAUGGAUUCGCGUGCCGACCGCCAGAGACACGGUAGUCUCCGCGUUGUUCACAUAACGAACUUUUCGGAAAUUGAUUACCUGAUAAUUACGGUUUUUAUAUAACGAGAUUAAUAAAGGUUAUCACGUUUUCUACUGUGUAAUGAUGCAGAUUAAACGGAAAUUUGUGGUUCCGGUGCGCGAAUCCAUAAUGUCGAAGUGUCAAGCAUGCGAACAACGUCGAAGCGCUGAUUUGCGCUGAAUGAUUUUUAAAUUCUUUUUAUUGUGGUUUUCUGUUUACUAUGUAAUGACUUGAUGUACAGUAGAUUUUUAUUUUAUUCGUUUUUCUGUUUAUUAUAGUUGUGUGUCGUUAUUCAUGAAACAGAUUUGCACUCAAAACACAUCGCUGAAGGUUACGUCUAAUGUUUCAUGUUUUCCCAAAUUAACAUACCGGCAAGACAAUCCAUAGACCAUACUGACAUGCUAUGCGGAAGUCGCACCGCGACAACCGCACUAGAUGACCAAACCUACUCAGUCGGUAGAGUGGGAAUAUGCUCUGGACUCCGUAAGUGGUACUACUGCCUACUUCCGCUAGGUACGAGCGGAUUGCUGUGCCUAACGAAAGUUACCGAAACCCAAACACUCAGGAACUUCCCAAAUGUUUAAUCACCAAACUGAACGAACGAACAAACAGAACAGAACAGAACGAGAUAUGAACUUCCUUCUAACCUAGAGUCACACGACCUUUCAGCUAGAAACAAGCUCACAGAUUUAGUAGAAGUUAGAAACUUCAGACUGAUUAGUUAAACCAGAAUCGUGGAUGCAAUUAGCGAUCCAAAUGCGUUAGAUAAGAACAGCACGUCGUACGUAACGGAACAGACAACACGUACGUCAUAACACGUACGUAAUACGCGCAAACUACGCAUAGCGCGUUACCCCCACUGCUACAGAAUUAACGUCCGCGUUAAUCAAAGCAAACAAACAAACAGAACCAAAAUCAA